AAUAGUUUUCAUUAUUUAAAAUAAAAAAAAUAUAUUUUUAUCCAAUAUUAAAAUAAAAAAUAAUAAAAUUAAAAAAAAAAAAAAAAACAGUAAUAAAAAUUUCAAUAUAGGCGCAGAUAAAAUAAAAUAAAAAUAAUUAAGUAAAAUAAAAUAAAGUAAAAUAACAUAAAAUAAAAUAAAAUCAAAAAAUAAUAAAAUAAAAAAUAAAAUUAUACGCAUUUAAUUAAUACAUUGUUAUUAAAUUCAAUUUUACAACAACACACACAGUUUUUUAUUUAUUUUUUUAUUUUUUAAUUUUUUUUAAUUUUACGCAUUAUAUUAUUAUAUUCAUAUAUUUAUACACAUAUAUAUAUAUAUUUAAAAAAUAUGUUUUCAAAAAGAAAGUCAAUAAGAUUUAACCCAGAGGGUGAAUUUUUAGAAUUACCUAGAGGCGGAUAUGUUGUCCCAAGUAAAAUUGGAGGUAUACAAUUUGGGGUACCACCAGAAACGAUUAAAGAUUCAAUGGCAAUGAAAAUAGAUGUACCAACUAUUUAUGUAUUUCCAGAGGAACUUUGGGAUAGAAAGACUGGUAUUAAUGCAGCCGAAGCAGAAUUCCCAGCAUAUUUCAAUUAUUUUAUUUUAAAGAGAAAGGUUUCAUUUGUAUGCACAAAAGAGCAAGAACAUCGUAUUAGAGUUGUAUUUCAAGAAACAUUAUUGGGUCCACCAGAAUUUAAUACAGGAUUGGUUGUGGAAAAGGAUGAAAUAGAGUGUGAAAAUUCACCAUCAAAUGGUACAACCAAUGGCACCACUACAGCUUCGACAUCUACCUCUGCAACAACUUCAUCAACUACCACCACUACAGCAACCACUACACCAUCAGGUAUUAUCGAUCAAAGUACAAUUGAUUUAUCGUCCAUCGAUACAUGUCAUUAUCAUCACCACCAUCACCAAAUUACACCACAAAACAGUUUAACAAAUCUUGAAAAGUUAUUAAAUAAUCAUAAGGCUUCCGAAACAAAUGAAAAUGGCCAAGAGGGUGAACAAGUAAACGAAUUUUCAGAUGAGGAAAAGAUUAACAAUCAAAAUAUUGAUCAAGAGUUUAAAAAGGAAUUUUCAUCGUCAUUCCCAGAGUCAGAAAUACCAAAUUUAGAAAAGGAAUAUAUGAUAAAUUCAAUUUCAACCAUUAAUAAUGAAGUUUUUGACCCACCAACUUUUGGAAUUACAAUUAUUGGUUCUUCACACGGAUUUGACCCAAAGAAAUCAACUACUGGUUUUGUAUUAUGGAUCAAUAAAAGAGGUAUUAUGGUCGAUCCACCAUUAAAUUCAAGUAGUUUUUUACAAAAUCAAGGUGUACCAACUAGAGCAAUAGAUCAUAUUAUUUUAACACAUUGCCAUGCAGAUCAUGAUUCAGGUACAUUUCAAAAAUUAUUAGAAGAGUAUCAAAUAACAGUUGUUACAACACCAACUAUUUUAGGGUCAUUUUUGAGAAAAUAUGGAGCACUAUCAAAUUUAAGUACUGAUUUAUUAAGAAGAUUAUUUGUUUUUAGACCAGUUAUGAUGGGAGAACCAAUGAUCAUUUCAAAUGCUGAAUUUAGAUUCUUUUAUACCAUUCAUACAAUUCCAACUAUAUCAUUCGAGGUAUUUUAUGGUGGUAAAAGCAUUUUUUAUUCAGGUGAUACAUGUUAUGACCCAAGUAGAAUAAUCGAUAUGAAUCAAAGAGGUAUAAUGACAAAAUCUAGAAUGAAUUUCUUUUUAAGACCAUGGAAUCAUACAGUUGUAUUACAUGAAGCAGGUGUACCACCAAUUCAUACACCAGUAUCAGUUUUAAGAGCAUUACCAGAGGAAGUAAAGAACAGAUUAUAUUUAGUACACAUUUCAGAACAUACUUUACCUCAAGGAAGUGGAUUAAAAAUAGCAAAAGAAGGUGUUCAACAUACAUUAUCAUUGGAUGUCAUUAGAUCAUCACACUCUGAAGCAGUAGAUAUAUUGAAAUUAAUUGAAUCAGUUGAUAUUUUUAGAUCGAUACCAUUAACACAAGCAUGUGAAAUUUUACAAACUGCAACCAAAAGAAAAUACUCUCAAGGAUCAUUAAUUAUAGCUCGAGAUACCGAACCAGAUGCAUUUUAUAUUAUAGCAAGUGGCGUGGUUUGUGUAACGAUUGGUGAUUUGAAAAAGAAUUUAAUAGUUGGCGAUUAUUUUGGUGAAAUGUCAUUGGUCAUGGGUACAUUAAGAUCAGCAAACGUGCAAGCAGUUACAGAUGUCGAAGUAUUAUCAUUCAACAAGGAAGACUUCCUUUCAAUAACAAGAAAUAAUAGAGAAUCAAUAGAUUUUAUUACCAAAUUAUUCGAAAUGCGAAAUGAAAAAUCAUGGGAAACAAUGUCACUUAAUUCAGUUUUAAAUAGAUGCACAAACUCUCAAAGAACUGCUCUCCAAUCGAUUUUUACAAGAGUGCCCGUUAAAAAGAAUGAGUAUCUUUGGAUAAAAGGCGAAGUUGCUAGUUUUGGUUGUUUGGUAGCUGAAGGUUCAUUUGUUUUCGAAGAAGAUGACGCUUUGGAACCAUUUUCAAAAGGUUCUUUUUUAGGUGAUAUAAAUGCAAUGUCCAUAAAUCCACCCUCAAUCCAUAAAACAACAGUGGUCUCCAAAGAAGAAAGUGUAAUAUAUAAAGUUUUUUCAAAAGAUUUAGUUAAAUUUUUUUCAAACAAUCCUGGUAUUCAAUUGGCAUUCUUGGAUACAAUUUUUGUUGAUGCUUUAAGAGAUCAAUUACCGCAACAUGUAAAUUCAAAAUUAACUUAUUAAUAAAAUAAAUUAAAAAUAAAAAAAAUAAAUAAAAUAAAAAAAAUUAAAAAAAAUU